AUGCACGGCAAGCUUCUCUUCGCACUGUGUCGUACAUGCUGCGAAGAGAUGCGGCAGAGCGAUUGUUGCCACUCGGAUGCGAGUCAGCGAGAGUUCAGUGGAAUCUGGGUUGCAGAUGAGCUGCGAAAAGCCAUCGAACUCGGCUAUACUAUAACUGAAAUAUUCGUCAUAUGGCAGUAUAGUAUGAUCGAGUACGAUCCGCUCACAGGUGAAGGAGUACUUUUCGCUGGCUACAUCAACACUUUCUUGCGAUUAAAGCUGGAAGCAUCGGGGUUUCCAACUUGGUGCGUUGACGCGGAAUCGAAAGCGCGUUACGUUCGCGAGUAUCGCGAAAAUGAGGGGACAUCGCUUGACCUGGAAAAAAUCGCGAAAAUCCCUGGCCUGCGCACUGUUGCGAAGCUCUGUCUGAACUCGUUCUGGGGUAAGUUCGGACAGCGCGAUAAUUUAAAACAAACGGUGAUCGUCAAGGAGCGCGAAGACCUCCUUAAACUUCCAACGGCCGAGGAUAAAGAGGUCUUGAGUCUCCUGCUGGUCAACGAGGAGGUGAUGUACGCGAGCUGGCAAUACAUCGAUGAUGCUGUGGAGUCUACUCCAUAUACGAACGUAGUUAUAGCAGCCUACACGACAACUCUGGCCCGCUUGAAACUAUUUUCGUAUUUGGAGAAGCUCGGCAAGCGAACGCUGUACUGCGAUACUGAUUCGUGCAUAUUUGUGUGCAUCGAAAACGCACAAGAAUACAGGCCCCCGUCAGGCUCGUUGCUCGGUGAUAUGACCAACGAGCUCGACGAAGGGACUUAUAUUACGAGAUUCCUCUCGGGUGGUCCGAAAUUUUACGGCUACAGAACCGUGAAUUCGAGAACUGGCGAGGUAUCCAAAAAAUGUAAAGUCAAGGGUAUCUUGCUAAAUUUCUCAAAUUCUUUGAGAAUAAAUUAUCCUAGCAUUAAGAGUAUGAUUGAAAAUUAUUUUAAGCCUGAUGAAGAGAAUGAAUGCAUUACUCUUAAGUUUAAUUCUAUUAAAAGAUUGCCAGAUCACACUGUCGUCACGCGAGAAGAGGUCAAAUCGUGUAGCAUAGUUCUAAAAAAGCGUAGGUAUGUUACUCCCGGGUUAUCACUCCCGUACGGUUACAAAAGUUAA